UUAUCAGCGAAGGACUUUUAUGAUAUCGGUAAUCAAAAGACUUGCCAGGAAUUAGAUGCCGACUUUGAUAAGGUGGUGCAACAGGCAGUGACGCUUGGAAAAGAGUUCAAAGAAACACUUUAUGUUGUCAAUGACAGCCUAUCGCGUAUUGAAAAUAACAUAAGAACGGCGGAGCCCCAAACAUUCAACUUGGGUCAACCUUACCAAUGCAAGGAUCGAACAAUUGAUGAUCUGUUUUGUGAGGACAACAGAUAUUCGACAAAUUUAUUGCUUAUUGGACGUGGUGCCAAAGCUUUAACCCACAGUUCAUAUCAAUAUUUAUUAGUCGGAAAUCCCUGUGAUGCACGUUGUAUAACAAAUGAUGAAGACUUCUUCAUUGGUUGGAAUGCAUUCACGAAACUUUACAAUAAAAGUUUAUUUGGCUUACUUCUCGUUUACAUAGACGCAAGUGGCAUGGAAAAUUUUCUAUAUAUUCCAGAGAUCAUAGUUGAUGAUAAAAAAAUUAAGUUUUCACAAACACGUAGCAGUAUGCUGAUGUUCAAUUUAGAAGAUUUAUUAGUAAACAAGUCGUUAGAAGGUGUUAAUAUAAGGAGUUGGAAAAUGUAUUUGAAAAGAAAGGAUCCAGCUAUUUGAGUGCAUCGAAGAAGUAAACAAAAUGUCAAACAUACGUACAUAUGUAUGUAAUGUAAUAUUUACACAACGUACGUAUUUAAACACAUUUACACAAAAAUAAAACUGAUUUUUUCAUAACUCUUGACAAA